AUGGCAAAGAACAUCAACUCAGUCAGCUUCACCAUUCUCUUGGUCGUCCUCUUGGUAGCUUCCACUGAAAUCCUCAAGACCGAGGCUCAAACAUUUUGCUUCGAGUGCGGACCGGUGCCGUUUCUAGGUACAAAUGCUGAUUGCUUCAACUGUUGCAAAACCAAAUACGGGAGUCCUCCAGUUGUUAGUGGCGUUGUUGAGGGAAGCGAGAAACACUGUCACUGCUAUUGUUGAUCGUUGAAAUGACCUCAUGCAAUCACCAUGUGUAGCAUUUGUUCUCAAUCGUUGACAUGUCUUUUUUUUUUUUUAUGUUCAAGCGUAUUUUGCUUUCCAAUAAGACAUCAAGGGCAAAACUUAUCACUGCUUUGCCCCCAA